AUGACCACCCAAAAAGCCGUCGUCAUCACCUCUCCCCAGGUCGCCGAGGUAGUUACCGAUCGAGCCCUGCCCACCCUCCGUGACGACUACAUCCUUAUCAAAACCGUGGCCGUCGCAUUGAACCCCACCGAUUGGAAGCACAUCCUUUACGUCUCCCCACCCGGUUCCCUGAUCGGCUGUGACUACGCUGGCGUGGUCGAAGAGGUCGGCAAGGACGUCAAGAAGUCAUUUAAGAAGGGCGACCGUAUCUGCGGUUUCGUCCACGGAGGAAACAAGUCCCAGCUCGAAGAUGGUGGCUUCGCCGAAUACAUUGUCGCAAAGGGCGAUCUCCAGAUGCACAUCCCGGAUAACCUCACCUUCCAGCAAGCCGCCACCCUCGGUGUUGGUGUCACAACUGUCGGCCAAUCGCUGUACCAGACCUUGAAGCUUGCCCUCCCCACCGAACCCCUCAAGACCCCCGAGCCCCUCCUCAUCUACGGCGGAUCCACCGCCACCGGUGCCCUCGCUAUCCAGUUCGCCAAGCUGUCCGGUUACCGCGUCCUCACAACCUGCUCGCCCCGCAACUUCGAUCUCGUCAAGAGCCUCGGUGCCGACGAGGUCUUCGAUUACAAGGAUGCUGGUGCUGCGGCCGCUAUUCGCGCGGCUACUGACGACAAGCUCAAGCUUGUCCUCGAUACCAUCUCCAUUGAUGCCAGUGCGGAGUUCUGUGAGAAGGCUUUGUCGACCGCUGGUGGUGAUUACACUGCUCUGCUUGCUGUCGGUGUUAAGCGUGAUAACGUGAAGAGCCACAUGACUCUGGGAUACACCGCUGUUGGUGAGGCCUUUGAUAAGUUUGGACGCUUCUGGGACGCUGUCCCCGAGAACAAGGAGUUCGCCAUUGGAUGGUGGAAGAUUGCUGAGCCAAUCCUGGCCUCAGGAAAGGUCAAGGUGCACACCCCCAAGGUGAACCCCGGUGGUUUGCGUGGAGUUCUUGAGGGACUGGAGCUGCUCAAGGCGGACAAGGUCAGCGGUGAGAAGCUGGUCUACAAUGUUGCCGAGACAAACUAG